GAUCCACCCCUUCACUAUAACAAAUACACAAUCAUAUCAGAGUUUCACUUUCUUCUACUUCAGACGAGGAUUUACUGCACCCUUUUAAAAGCUCUUUCAAGAAAAGCAUUCAUGUUGACUUCAGUAUGUCAAAAGGGCAUGAAAACCUUGAGCUUCAUGAAGAUGACUAUUUCACAAUUUUUCUGCUGGGGACAGACAACAGACGUAUGUGUUUGGUGGGGAAUAAAAUAGUUGAUUAUGAACAUUUCCUGCCAGGACAAGGCAGAUAUGAAGAGGUAUCACUGGAGAUAGAGGGCAAUUGGUUUACUGUUCUGAAUUACCAGGAGUCUCAGUUAACACAUAUUCAGGAACGCAUGGUUUUAUACUCUGGUUCUCCAUGUAUGACGGUAUUUGUCCUGCAGCCUGAUCAUGUUUCUCAAAGGGAUGUGGACAUACUUAGAGCAUUUCACCAGAGGUUUGGUAAAAAGAUGGCAGAAAACACUGUGGUACUUCUGGUCAGUAAUGAAAACCAGAAAUCGGCAAAGCCAAAUAAUUCAGAUGAGAACCUCAAAUGCAUUCUGUAUUACUGCCAAAUGAAAGUGUGUCAUUUUAACAGAAAUAUGAAUCAAAGUGAACUAAUCAAACAACUGAAGAAAUGUUGGAGAAAUGUUCCUGAGGUGCAAAAACCCAAGGUUGAAAGAUCACGUAUGCCAUAUUUGGAAAAGAAUGAGACUUUACAACCACAGAAGGCAAUUCAACAAGAGCAUAAAUCAGAAGAAGAUCAAACGGCUAUCAGUAAGAAAAACACCCUGACCAUUUUGUUGCUGGGACAGACAGGAAGUGGGAAAAGCGCUACAGGAAACACCAUCCUAAGAAAACAACAUUUUGAAUCUCACGCCAGUUCUCUCCCAGUAACCGAGGCAUGUCAGAUGGCAGAGGAAACCAUUUGUGGAAUAAAGAUCAGGGUCAUAGACACUCCAGAUUUUUUUGAUGAGGCACUAAAAAACCAAGACAAACAGAUAAGAAGGUGCAAAGAACUCAUUCAGCCUGGGCCUGAUGCGUAUGUACUGGUUAUGGAGCUCGGUCGUUUCACAGAUGGAGAGAGAGAGAUAGUUGACAAUAUACAGAGAGAGUUUGGUGAGGACGUGGUGAGAGAAACCAUUAUUGUGUUCACUGGCAAAGAAAAGCUAAGAGGAAAAACAUUAUCAGAGUACAUUGAAAAUACGGACACACACCUGCAGCAGCUCAUACGCACCUGCGGGACGAGAUGUCUUGCAUUUAACAACAAUGAUCGCAAUGAUCGACAGUUUCAACAACUUUUAGAGAUGAUUUUGGAAAUGAAGAGACAAAAUGGAAAAACUGACAUUUUGGAAAACUAUCCGUAUUAUAGGACAUCUGAGAAAAAAGACUGCAGAAUCCAGUAAACAACCUGGAGAGUAUACUUAAAGGGGCGACAAAAUCUGACCUUUUUCAUGUUUUAGUGCUUUAAUUGGGUCCCAAGUGCUUCUAUCAAAUUAGAAAAUGUGAUAAAGAACAACCCAGUAAUUUAGUUUUGCUAAACCAUUCUCUGCAACCAUGUGAAAAAAUAGGUAAUUGAAAUUUGGCUCCCCUUGUGAUGUCAGAAGGGGAUAAUACCGCCCCUUAAUCUGCAUCCAACCAGUGCGGUGGGGAAGGGAUGAAACUUGUGGCGGGAUAGAGAUGAGAGAUGGCUUUAUAUACCAGCUUUCAUUUGAACUGAUUAGUUCAAUUUCAUCCCGGGCCACAUCAGCAUUAUAGUUGCUCUCAAAGGGAUGGUUGUAUUUGUAAGACUAUAUGAAUGUAUUAGUUAUUUUAUUACAUUGCUACCUCUGCAUAAUAACUGAA